AACCCAGCUGCGAGCGGCAUGUUAUAAGCUACGGCCGCGCCACCGUCAACAGUAUUCCACUCGCGCGCCUGCUUUCCAUUGCUUCCUGCUACCUUCGUCCAUCCGGGCUGCUCGCUUCGCCUUCCUGUUGCCGCAACCAUCCACCCGUCCCGUUUCUGAUCCUCGGCUGUUCGCUCGGUUUCCGAUCGAUGCAUGCGCCGGUGGUCGGGAGGAGAGGGGGCUUCUUCCAGCCCCGCGACGAGGUCUCUCACUUUGCCAUCGGCGACUUUGCUCUAAGCAACGAUCACGCCAUGCCGCUGUUUCAAGGCCGUGACAAAUCCAAGAUGUACCCGGCGAAUCCAGGAAUCCUACCGCAGGGAGGUGGCACCGCCAGAAACAGCACUACUGUCUACGGCGGCGGUACAGCCGCCGACGUCGUGCCCCAUGGAAAAGGCAACUUCUGUGCGCAGAUUCAGAACAAGGACGUUGCUGUCACGAUGAGUGCGGAAGCGGGAUUGUUCCCUGCUGGAAUCGGCAACGUUUCAGACAUUAUCUGUUCGCCACCGCAAGGGGAUACGGUGCGAUCACAGGAUGAACACAGGAACAAAGGGAGCGACCUGUUCCUCUUCGACUGGCCUGAGCUGGCCCCCUUGGAGGGUGUCGACACGGAGCUGAGAAAACUCGGUUCGCCGUUUGAGCUAGGGGGCAACAAUUAUUUCGAUGACCCGAUGUGGCCUUCGAUCUGCUCGCCUGAUGCUCAGCUCGUACCGAGCAUCUGCUUUGAUAAUGACCUGAAUCCAUCCACUGUUGCAAGCAAGAGCGCGGCUUAUCCCAUACUGAUAGAUUUGACAGUUCCUGACACUACUGAUCAGAUCAACAUGGCAACUCCCAUGAACACGCAGCAGCCAUCCAAGAAUAAAGAAAAGGAGUCGCCACUGAACCGCUCUUCCUCCGAGGAGAUCCAGCAUUUCCCACGGGUUUCAGACGCCGACCUCCUCUGCCCCUUCGACGACAUGCUCGUCUCAACAUCAUCCAGCACCAUGUACCGCAACGACGAGAUGAUACCUUCUUCCGCCACCGCUCGCUCCUGGCCAGACGACGUCGCCUCGGCUUACGCUCCACAGAGUUCCACGAAGAAGAAGAAGAAGCCGCACGCGACGACCCCGGACAUGUUCCUCGAUGAGAUGUCCGAAAACCCACUGGAGAUGUACUUCCCUCAGGUGAAGCAGCCUCAGAUGCACCAUCAGCUUCUUCCUGAAGUGUGCUUUGCAGGCGAUGGGGCUGGUCUGAACAGCUCAGGAUUGGAGUUGGGUUCGAAGGGGAGAGGAUGUUCGGGAGGACUACGUGAGAGCCCUCUCCCGUCGUCGAUUGCUAAAGCUGCGCCGGUGAAGAAUCUUCGGUUCCAGAAGCUUCAGGAAGGCAUGAACCAGUUGGAUGUGGGAACCAAGACGUGCAUAAGAGAUGCCCUGUAUCGACUGGCCAACAAUGUCGAACAGAGGCAUUGUGUCGACCAGAAUGUGGGUUCAUCAAGUGCUCUGGCCAGGAUCAAGACUUCGAGCGUAUGGACCGAGACUCAGGGCAGCCCUAUGGAUCGCUCGGUAGCGCAGCUUCUUCUGCAGAAACCGCUGUACCGGAAGACGACUGGUCGUCAGGCAAACCGCGUCGCUUGAUAAUCUCUAGUCUGGUUCUACUGGAAACUGGAAAGUACAUGUAAAUGUGGUCAGUGGUCUGAUAUAGGCUUUGGAAGUUUGAGCGCCCAUGCGUGAUCAAUUUAAUUCCAUGUGUUUAUGGGUAGUACAGCGCUCUUUAUAAGGAAAAAAACAUGUGUUUAUUAGUACUACUUAUAUUCUUCCUAAAGCAGUACCACGAUGCUAGCAGUAUAUAUUGUAAUGUUCAGAGAAGAUAACAGAUAUGCUCACAGAAAUUUGUCGUCCA